CAAUUGGUGACUGCGUGGGCGGGACUAGCAUGACAGCCUCUUCCUAGUUUGCAAUGCUCCUUAUGUGCGCAAAAUAUCUUUCAUACAAACCUAUAAAUCAGUAAAAGUAGCCUAUUUAUCUAAACUGCAGUUGAGCAGGGUACCGCCGCGAUGGGGUUUCUGACGAUUUUGAAGAAGAUGAAGCAAAAGGAGCGGGAGAUGAGACUGCUGAUGUUAGGUCUGGACAACGCGGGGAAGACGACCAUCCUGAAGAAGUUUAAUGGAGAAGACGUGAGCACCAUCUCCCCGACACUGGGCUUCAACAUCAAUACACUGGAGCACAGAGGGUUUAAGCUGAAUCUUUGGGAUGUCGGGGGUCAGAAGUCCCUGCGCUCCUAUUGGAGGAACUACUUUGAGAGCACAGAUGGGCUGGUGUGGGUGGUGGACAGUGCAGACAGGCUCAGGCUGGAGGACUGCAGGCAGGAGCUCGAUGCGCUGCUGCUGGAGGAGAGGUUAGCUGGUGCAACGCUGCUAGUAUUUGCCAACAAACAGGACUUACCUGGAGCCCUGUCGAAAGAGGCAAUACGAGAGGCGCUGGCCCUGGAUAAGAUCAAAAGCCACCACUGGUGUAUCGUUGAUUGCAGCGCGGUGACAGGAGAGAAUCUGUUAGCUGGAGUGGACUGGUUAUUAGACGAUAUCGCUGCAAGGAUCUUUACCGCUGACUGAGUCUUUCUUCUCUUUUUAAAAUAGCGAGUUCUAGUUGAGCUCUGACACGAUUACUGGACGAUGGAGAGCUGACGGAUUAGCAAGUGUUUUGUUUUGUUCCAUCAGAUGCUGCAACAUGCAGACAUCUGGUGGUCUGUAUCCCUGAUUACAGCACUCACACCUGGCUUUUUGUUUACUUCACUUGAACAGUUUAUCAAGUGAGUUCAUAAAUACUGAAGUUGUAAAGUUUACAGUAUGUAGUUUAACGGCCGAUAUGAACCUGUUUUUUUUUUUGUCGUUGUUGUUCUUUACUUUGUGGUACAUUGGAUUGUCAGCCGAUUCAUGCCUCACUCACCAAAACGUGUUCUUUAAUAAAUUUAAAUGCCCACUUAA